CUUAGAGGAGAUCCUGGACGAGAAGGACUCGCUGGAAAGAGUUUCCCUGUACAAGUACGCAUUGAAGGACCGAAAGGACCACAGGGACCACCAGGCCCACCAGGUGAUCCUGGUCGUCAAGGAGCACCAGGACCGCCUGGACUUCAAGGACAAGCCGGACCUGCAGGAUUUAAUGGACGUCCCGGCGAAGGGGGGCAAAAUGGCUUGCCUGGGGCACCCGGUAUCGAUGGUCUGCCCGGUCGCGAUGCAGAAUACUGUCCUUGCCCUUAUCGCUUUCAUUUCACUUAACACUGAAAAACAUCAUAAAUACAACACAUUUCGGUCUAAUUUCAAUACUUAA